CAUUGAUCAGCUUUGAAGAGAGAGAGAGAGAGAGAGAGAAAAAAAAAUGGCAGCUUUUUCAUAUCAAUACCAACCGAUUCUUCUCGACUCCAUGUUCUUCCCCAACAAUCCCUUCAAAAUGGGAGGCUUUUUGGAUGACCCAAAUUUCAACACCAUUCAAGAACAACAACAACAACCCAUUUACCAUUUCGCCGACAUCUCCAACCAAACCCCUGAAUCUUCCACUUUGGUCGACAGAUCCGACAGCGCCGACCCGCCGGCUGUCACUGUCACCGUCACUUCCCCUUGUAGUAAGAAAAGGAAGAGCCGGAAUACUUCCUCCGCCACCUCCGCCCAAUCCAAGGAGAGCACCGGAAAGAAGCAGAAAAGUAAAGGGGAAUUAGAUGAACAUAAAGAAGAAGAUCCAAAGCCCAAAAAUGGGAAGAAAGAGGAGAAAAAUGUCUCAGACGGUGCAGCAACUAAAGGCUACAUUCACGUCAGAGCUCGAAGGGGCCAAGCCACUGACAGCCACAGUCUAGCCGAGAGGGUGAGAAGAGAGAAGAUUAGUGAAAGGAUGAAGACAUUACAACGACUUGUUCCUGGUUGCGACAAGGUUACAGGGAAGGCCCUGAUGUUGGAUGAAAUUAUAAAUUAUGUUCAGUCCCUACAAAAUCAAGUUGAGUUUCUCUCCAUGAAACUCGCUUCUUUGAACCCAAUUUUCUUCGACUUCAGAAUGGAUUUGGACGGCCUUAUGAUUCAACCAGAGACGCCGUCGUUGAGUAGUAUAACGCCACAGCUUCCGGCGAUGGCUCAAUGCAGCCGAGCGGUGAUCGACACCACCCCUCCGACCACCCAAACUCCGCCAGUCUCCGCCCCAAAUAACUAUCCCUUAAUGGACCCUUCAGCUAAUAAUAUGUUUCUAAUGAGCCCGGCCGCCUACUCCCCUUCAUCUCAGGAUUAUGUUAAGGUUUCAUCAUGGGAUGUCGAAGAACAGAAACGAAAGCUUCUAAUUUCAUCGGGAAUUGGCGAUAACUUGUGUUACUUCCAUUGAAGAACAAGAACAAAGGCGGGAAAAUGAAUGGAGGAGGAUCCAGUUUUAGUCAUCAGAGCUCUGUGGCUGCUCAAGUUUGGAGAAUCUGCAGUGAUUUUUUUAGAUCAGAAAAUAAAUUUAUUUACUUUAAAUGUAUUAGUUUUAGAUAGAUGAUAAACCAUAUUUAUUUUCAUUUAAUGUUUGUAAUUUCCAUUCAUCUGUUAAUAUAUGCAAAUUUUUUCCA